AUGUGUGACUCGUGGGAGGUUGAUGGCAGAUUACUCGCCAAGAUAGACGAGUAUUUUGACUUCAACCGCCGACUUGUCCCCGACCCCGCAACCGGCAGCUGCGGUCCCAACGGCUCAUUUUCCCGCAACAAACGCGCGCGUAUUCUGGAUUCUCCCACGGAUGACGCUGUAACCGUCAAUAGCGAUGCGUCUGAUGAUGCAGCAAGUGAUGGAGAGGGCUCUUACGAGCCCGAAUGCAUCGUUUGCAGCGAGGCGUUCACGGACACGUCGGAUAUUGGCGUUCCUAUGAGCUGUAUGCACAUUUUCUGCUAUACUUGCAUUAAAAAGUGGUCUGAUCAUACGAAUGUGUGCCCGAUUUGCAAGGUCGAAUUCAACGAGCUGCGGCGCCUCCGAUGGCGGCAAUUUGUCGAAUAUCUGUCCUCCUCCACUAGGUGGAGCCUCAAGCGGUUGCGACGCACUGUAACUCCCUGCAUUAAAAACUUCAAGGCAUUAAAGGAGAAUUUAUUAAGUUGUUUGGGUGCUAUCCCGUCUCAGCGCGAAUGGGUUUCCCGUAAGACUCUCAGUGAAGAGACGGAAGACAGCGUCGGUGGCUGCGAGGUUUGCGGCGGCGACAACUACUGGGAACAGAUGUUGCUAUGCGAUGGCUGCAACCUCGGUUUUCACCUGUUUUGCCUAGAUCCUCCGCUGACUUGUAUUCCUCCAGGCGACUGGUAUUGCAAGACGUGUCUCGAGUCAACGUUACAGCCACCCCAGGAUUCACAUGAUGCCGUAACCUCACAAAACAACGCGGCUAGUGCGCGUGCAACUGGUAGGCGUUCGUCUAGGUCACGGACCACCAGAUUGGCGAGAAGGAACCGUGUUGGGUUGGAUUCACCGAUUACCGACCGCCACUCUAGUGUUGAAUCGGACAUGGCUGUACAGGGACAUAUGUUAAGUGAUGCGAAUAAUGCCCAUAAUAUGCCCGCGGAUACUGAAGUGCGUGGUAGACACGUCGAUGUGCAUGCUGAGCCAGUCACGGCAAGUGACGACGUAUUGAUCGACCUCGGAAAUGAUUUCUCGUCUGAGGACAACACGCACGCAGGACGGCACGAAUCAGAUCGCGUGACAUUAACUCGUAUGCCCCCAAGUUUAGCGUCGCGUAGUUCCAGGUCUGCAUCGUAUUCUAUUAGUAUGGAGGAGCGGGAACGCAGACCUGAAAGCUCGACCGCGUGUGAUGAAGAAACAGCCGGCACAGAAUGCGGCGGUCUUUUCAGCGAAGAAGAUUCGCCAUCAUCUGCUGAAAUUGAUCACAACGUCGGAUUAGCUGAAGACUCGAAAAACACAACAAAUGAAGCAUCAGUCACCGCUGGCAACUUCGUAGGUGAUGUUGUUAACGGCACUGCGGCGUCAAUGGAGGAAGUAAAUGUAGAAAAUCUUAACCUCGAUGACUUGGCUUUUAAUGCGAAUUCUUUGUCUGUGCCAAGCAGUCAGAACCAGGAAACCCUUGACCCAGCUAGCAUUCUGGGUGACAUGAGCAUGGAGGAAAUCGACCGGCUGUUUGAGGACAAGCCUAAACGCUGUAUGUCCUUUAUCUAUCGCUACAGAACGAUGAUGGAACGGGAGAUCCGUGGUAGUGGCCGGAUUCGAUCCAUGCAAAACCCCCGUAUUCAAGGCAGUUCUGUGAGGUAUAUAUUUUGA